GUGGCGACGAUGCUGACCGUAGCUCGGAAUCCGAAUCUCCCUCCAUUUUCGAGCUGCAACUGCGCCUCCUCCUCAACCUCUCCAUCGUUAGUCCUUUCAACGUUCAGGACCCACGUCUCCUAUCGACGCUCGAACCCGUCGCCGUUCGCGUCGCUCUUCGCCGGCCCUUCCCAUCGUCCCUUCCUCUCUUCUUCGCUGCGACUCCGACCCCCCGCCCACUUCGACGUCCAUGUCGUUUCGGGGCGGAAGCACGGUAGGCUUGUUAAGGUUGGCGCCUCGCGAAGGCGCAGGAGAGGCGGGAGCUCGGAGGCGGACGGUCUCGAGAGGGGUGGUAGAGUAAUGGGAUAUGGCAGCGAUGAUGAUGAUGAGGCGGAGGAGGAGGAGGAUGAGUAUGAGGAGGACGAGGACGAGGAGGACGAGGAGAUGAAUUCGCCGUUCGAGAAGAUGACCAGGUGGCACGAGAACAGGCCGCCUGGGUUCGGGGUCGGGAAAGUGUACGACACUUCUGUUGAGGACAAGCUGCUCGAGGAAAUGCUCCAGAGCCGGGUGGCUCAGGCUGCUAACAUCAAUAAGCUCAAGCACAAUCCCAUCACGCCCAUUCCUCCCAAGAAAGAUCAGCCUCACCUCAAAGGUCAGGCCUUGAUCGUGACAGAGGCACUUCCAAGCGGAAUUCCUGUUCGUCUGGGCAACCUCCCUAAGAAGAAGAAUAUCCAUAGAGAUCUAAGAUUGGCUUUUAAAGGAGUUGAUGGAAUCACUGUUAUUCAUCCAGCUGUCUCUGGAAACAAGAAAACAAGAGAUCCUAUCUGCACUGGAUCCGCCAUUGUAUAUUUUAAGUCUGAGGAGCAUGCAAUGAGUUUUGUUCGGACAUUUUCUCGGCAGAGCUUAACAUUUGGUAAGGUUCAGAGGCAGAUCAAAUGCGAGAUAAUGUCUUCACGUCUCCUUAUUCAUGCAAACACCAAAUUGGCCAGUAACACCCUUGUGACUUCUCAAAUCAGCAUGCCUGAUGUGGAAGGGGAGCCAGAUUUGCAUCCUGAGCCUACUUCAGGUUCUUUGGAGGAUCUCACUUCUGAAAAGGAGAAUGACUGGAAUGAUGAGAUUGAACUAGAUGAACAUGAAACUGGAGAGGAUAUGGAGACUUUUGAUGUGUCAGAUCUUGAGACUUUCGACACCUUAGAAUCAGGGACAAAGAUUGUCACUGCUUCAUCUUCAACCGAGGAGCAAGAGGAAGCAACACUCACCAGAGUUGCCGGAAAACAAAAAAAACCACAACCAAAUCCCAAGAAGUCUCCUGGCAAAGGGAAAGCAGAGAAGGUUUUGAAACCUGAAGUCCCGGGAUAUGCUAGACGGUUAAAGAUCCAGGAGAAGGCUGUGCUAACCGGUGUUUUGUCUAAAUACGGAAGAAAAGCUGCUUUAACCUCAAAUGACAAAUCAUUAGGUUAAAUUGUUUAAUCGAUGCCCAGAGGGGCAAAAUCAUUCCAUUCUGCAUGAAGAAGAUUGAUGAAUGGCUGAGUUAUGUGUUUUUUUAGGCCUUUACUUUUUCUGUUUACGCUUGGUUGCUAUCCUUCUUCCGGGAAAAUUCUAGUCUCACCAUAUAAUCCAAAGUGUAGCAGGGUGACUGUCUGGUUGAGCUCCGGUUAUGGUAGUUGGUUGUGCUUGCAAGA